GUCAUAGAGGGUUUCUUUGAGUCAGUUUCAUCAAAAAUCAAACCAGGUUUCCUCAUUCGUUACAUAGAGAGAUUAUCUAAAUGAUUUUUUUUUCCUGGGGUGGUUUACAUAUAUAGUGGUUUUUAAGGAUAAAAAAUGCCAUUGUUGAUCUGGGUUUUUGAGGGGAAGAAGAAGAGACUUUGUAAUAUAGCUUAGAAUAAGCCUUGAAAGGGGAUUUUUCGGGCGGUGCAUACGAUGGAGUCACCAGCAGUGUUGCAGCUCACAACACCAAGGAAAAAGAUGACGAAACAAUUGACUGGGAAACGUGAUGAUAGUCCAUUGCAUUCCGCAGCUAGAGCAGGAAAUCUUGCUGCUGUAAGGGAGAUUGUUAAUGAUCAGGGAGAAGAGGGAUUGAUAGAAUUGUUGUCAAAGCAGAACUCAGCUGGUGAAACAGGCCUGUAUGUUGCAGCUGAAUAUGGCUAUGUUGAUUUGGUGAGGGAGAUAAUCAAGAACUAUGAUCUUGUUGCUGCUGGAAUCAAAGCAAGGAAUGGCUUUGAUGCACUUCACAUUGCUGCCAAACAAGGCGAUUUGGAGGUGGUGAAGGUGCUAAUGGAGGCACAUCCACAGCUGUUUAUGACGGUCGAUGUUGCAAACACCACGGCUUUGCACACGGCUGCAACUCAAGGGCAUCUAGAAGUGGUAAAUUUUCUCUUGGAGAUAGAGAGCAGCUUGGCCACUAUAGCUAGAAGUAAUGGGAAAACAGCCUUGCAUUCUGCAGCAAGAAAUGGGCACGUGAAGGUCGUGAGCGCCCUUUUAAAUAAGGAACCUGGGAUUGCAACGAGGAACGAUAAGAAGGGGCAGACUGCACUUCAUAUGGCUGUGAAGGGACAGAAUCUCAAGGUGGCGGAGGAGCUGAUUAGAGCAGAUCCUUCAUUGAUAAAUAUGGUUGAUACCAAGGGCAACACAGCAUUGCAUAUAGCAACACGGAAAGCCAGGGAUCAGAUUGUUAAAAUGCUAUUAGGGCAGAAAGAGACCGACACAAAAGCUGUUAACAGGUAUAAUGAAACAGCCUUCGAUACUGCAGAAAAAACAGGGCAGACUAGCAUUGCAGCCACACUACAGGUGCAUGGUGUUGUGAGUGCCAGGGACCUCAAACCCCAAGCAACAAAUCCAGCUCGAGAGUUGAAGCAAACUGUGAGUGACAUAAAACAUGAAGUCCACAACCAACUAGAACACACUCGACAGACCAGAAAACGCGUCCAAGGCAUUGCCAAACGCCUCAACAAAAUGCACUCUGAAGGUCUUAACAAUGCAAUCAACUCUUCCACCGUCGUAGCUGUCCUAAUUGCUACUGUCGCCUUUGCAGCCAUUUUCACUGUCCCUGGCCAAUAUGUGGAUGACCCUAAAAGCGUUCCACCCGGAAUGUCCCUAGGAGAAGCAAAUAUUGCUCCAAAUCCCGCAUUUCUGAUCUUCUUCAUUUUCGAUUCUAUAGCCUUGUUCAUCUCUCUUGCUGUCGUGGUUGUGCAAACCUCAGUCGUGGUAAUUGAAAGCAAGGCAAAGAAGCAGAUGAUGGCGAUUAUAAACAAGCUGAUGUGGUUGGCUUGUGUGCUUAUUUCUGUGGCAUUCUUGGCACUGUCAUUUGUUGUGGUUGGCAAGCAAGAGAAGUGGCUGGCAAUUGGAGUAACCAUUGUGGGAACGACAAUAAUGGCUACAACUUUGGGUACAAUGUGUUAUUGGGUGAUUAUGCACAGAAUUGAGUCCUCAAAUAUGAGGAGCAUUCGGAAGAACUCUCAGAACAGCCAGUCGCGGUCUUGGUCGGUGUCGGUAAUGUCAGAUUCAGAGAUGCUGAACAAGAUGUAUGCAAUUUGAAAGCAUCCUAAAAGCCAACUCUUUUUCGGCUUUUGGCGCAUUGGGUGUUUUUCCUUCCUAUAGAUGAUCUUUUCAUCUGCACAUUCAAAGGUGGGGACGGAGGCAGGAAUGUAAUCAAGGAUGGAUGCAAGUGUAAUUGAAAAUUUUGCAAAGGAAGUUCUAAUUUAAUAACUGGGAAAAUUAUAUAUGAA